UUGUCUUUCUCCUGCACAGUCUACCCACAGUGUUCACACUGUUUAUCAGUCACUGAAAACACUUUCUCUUGAUCCAAGAAUCCAACAAAAUUAUUUUUAAUUUUCUAGUUCCCAACGUUUAAAUGCUACUGUGACAAGCUGAUAAAACCGUUUCUUAUCCGGUUUUAUCAAUUUUGAAUCACUAAAUCAUGGAACCUCUUAGUGUUGCGGAGACGACUCCGUAUUUGAGUUUGUUUGCUGCACUGUCGUAUGGAAUUUCUUCGAUGGCUAUGGUUUUUAUCAAUAAGGCAGUUAUCAUGCAGUAUGCACACUCAAUGACGCUUCUUACUUUACAGCAAUUGGCUACUGCAUUGCUUAUACAUAUCGGCCGUCGAAUGGGAUAUACAAAAGCAAAAGGAGUAGAUAUGACUACAGCAAAAAAGCUUCUCCCUGUUUCUCUUUUCUACAAUGCUAAUGUAGCAUUUGCUCUAGCAAGCUUGAAAGGAGUUAACAUUCCUAUGUAUAUUGCAAUCAAGAGACUCACACCACUCGCUGUAUUAAUUGCUGGGUUCUUUUCAGGAAAGGGGAAACCUACAACUCAGGUAGCUCUUUCAGUGCUAUUAACUGCUGCCGGUUGUAUUAUAGCAGCCAUUGGAGAUUUUUCUUUUGACCUUUUCGGAUACAGCCUGGCCCUAAUUUCUGUUUUUUUCCAGACCAUGUACCUUGUGUUGGUGGAGAAGUCUGGUGCAGAGGAUGGGCUUUCAUCAGUUGAGAUUAUGUUCUAUAACAGCUUUCUUAGUCUUCCAUUCUUGCUAUUUCUUAUCUUAAUAACAGGGGAGUUUCCCAAUUCCUUGUCAUUAUUAAUUGCAAAGAGUUAUUCAUUUACCUUUUUGGUGAUCCUUACCCUUUCUUUGGUGAUGGGCAUUGUUCUCAACUUUACUAUGUUCUUAUGUACCAUAGUCAACUCUGCUCUAACCACUACCAUUGUUGGAGUCCUAAAAGGCGUUGGGUCCACGACCCUUGGUUUUGUCGUGCUGGGUGGUGUACAAGUGCAUACUUUGAAUGUGACUGGAUUGGUUAUCAACACAGCCGGUGGUGUAUGGUAUUCGUAUGCCAAAUAUCAUCAAAAGAAAAACAAACCACCAAAGGUGAUAUCAGAUGUUGAGGCUCAUCGCAAAUAAAUUUUCAUGAGGAUCGCAGAUGGGCACAAAGAUCCACGCUAAGUAAAUAGAUCUUUUAUUGCUUAUAUCUUCUUGUAGUUUGUUAAUAAUAUGAUUCAGUUUGAUAGCAAUUUCUUCUCCAAACAUGAGUCACACAUCUAUUCUAUAAACUAAUAGAUUAAAAAAAAAAAAACUAUUGUUGUCGAUUAUAUUGACCUCGACAGAGGCAUUUUGUAGCUCAAUUCCAUCUUAUUGCUGUUUGGUUGUUAAACAACGUCAUGUAAUGCA